AAGGAAGGGAGAAGACCUUGGAGUCCCAUUUCAGUAGUAACAUGGAGCUGAUAGCAGCACUUGCUUCCCAGGGUGGUUGUGAGGGCAGAUGAGCCGGCCUAUAUAAAGCACCUUCCAAGCCUGAAGGCACUAUGUUAAAAACCAGCUGUUUGGAAACUGACUUGCCCACUGUAAAGGACUCACAAACUAGGCACUAUGCCACUAAGCACACUGUCUGCCAAACACAAAUGUUCAAGAAAUAUUCUUUGAAGGCUUACUGAUGUCAUUUGUUUGUACUUUGUGGUUUUCUCUGGAAACUCUACCUCCUGAAUAUUGCAUGACCAAGCAAAGGGUAAAAAGCGUUACAGAAUAGAAAACUAAAAUCAUCCAUUGUAUAAAAUUCAAACAUUUUUAUACAAGCAAAACCAAUGCAGUUUAAAUUAGAAGGGAAACUGUUAACUGGGGGUGGGACCCUAGCAGCAGGUUUCUCCAAAAAAGAGUCAUUUCCAAGAUAAAGAAGGAACUGACUCAAAUGUAUAAGAACAAGAGCCAUUGCCCAACUAAUUAAUGGUCAGAGUAUGAAUAAACAGUUCUUAAAGAAAGAGAUCUAAACCAUUAUCAGUCAUAUGGAAAAAAUCUUCCUCCUUCAUUAGAUAAAAUGGACAAUUAUGAUUACAUAAAAUUGAGACGUUUUUACACAAACAAAACCAAUGCAGCCUAAAUUAGAAGGGAAGCUGUUAAUUGGGAAAACAUCUUUGCAGAGUUUCUCUGAUAAAAAUCUCAUUUCCAAGAUACAGAAGGAAUUGACUACAUGAUGAGACUUAAUAAAUUCUCUUGGGUUGUCCCAUGUACAAAACAUGUUACCCUAUAGAUAGAGAAUAUAAGGAAUACUAUCUAACAUGGGACCAAAUAGAUAAGGAUAUAGAUGAUACCUUCAUCUAAGAGCUUCCCAUAUAUUAUCUCAUUUGAGCUUUAGAAGCCUGUGAAGUAGGCACACUGGAGAUUUUUAUCUCCAUUUUACAGAUGAAGAAACUGAAGCUUAGAGAGAAAUGGAUUGUCCAAAUAUAGUGAGAGUCAGAGGCAGGAUUUUAUUUUCUGGACUCAAGAUCCAGCAUUCUCUCCAUUACAACAUGUUUUCCCAUCAUUGUAUUCUCUAAGAUGUGUUAUCCUCAUUUCUCAGGAGAGGCAGUGACUUCUCCAAGGUCACAUUGCCAGUAAGAAGGGGAGUCAAGCUUAAUUCAGGUGGUCUGGCUCCCCAUUCAUGUCCUGUGUUGCCUCUCUGGUCCCUGUCCCAAAGGGACUCCCCAUCUUGCUGUAGAGAGAAUAUGGAGCUCCCAAAAGAGUUCUGUAUUCUUAGAAGUGUACUACAGAAGGUGCUGUCCAAGGUGUACAGAUCACUUAAGGUGCAGGAGCUGAGAGGACACCCAGAUGAUGAGCUCUACCAAUGAAGGUUCAAGUCUUCUCUGCAACCCCCAGCCUUAGUUGUCCAGAGCAAUCAGAAGUAAUUCACUCAGCAUCCCACAGGCAGUAUGGGUCAGGUGUGAUUUGAAUUCGGAUCUUUUAGCUCGAGUGCCAGCUCUAACCACUAUGUAAUGCUGCACAUAAUGGGUCAAUAAAGGCUUGGGGAGUUCUCCCCCACUGUUAGAUGACCUUCAGUUGAUCCUGGCAUCCCCUCAGUACUAGGAAGGCAGCCCCUGAGUCAUCGGUCCUCUGACCAGCCUCAAAGUCAACUGGAGAAGGAAAUGGCAAAGCAGUAUUUUUGCCAAGAAAACCUCCUGGACGGCAUGGUCCACAGGUCACGGGGAGUCAGCUGCAACUGAAUAACAACGUUGGUCACCCAGUAGCAAGCGGCUCCUUAAUCCCAAGGGCUCAGACCAAGCUUCCAGGUUCUGACUGGACUUGGACUAGUCCUCUUCCCCAUAGGCCAGUGCCUCCCCUAUCACACUUCCCCUGGUACAGGCCAUUUUGCCAAAGUAGGCUGGAAACUCGGCCGGGGCAGGGACUUUCAUAACCGUCCUGGGCUAACCAGUACCAAGCAUUUAUCGACCCAUUAUACGCAGCAUUGCAUAGUGGUUAGAGCUGGCAUCGGAGCUAAAAGACCCAAAUUCAAGUAGGCCCGCAGAAAAUAAACGCUUGUUAAAUUGGGUUCUUGGACUGACCUUCAGGUCUCUCCAGGUCUGGCAUUCUUUGCUUCUGUGGCUUCCUGCAAAUCACUCUGGCUGUGACCUUGAACAAGUACAUUCUUGGCUCUGUGGGCUCAGUUUCCUCAUCUGCAAAAGGAACAGGGCGAUUCCUUCAGGAGUUCCUGACCCAGGCCCAAGGAUACAUCUUUCUCUUCACUCGUCUUUUUUUCCCAAUCCAGUGUUUUCUUUGAUAAGUUAUUGCCAGAGGGGCUUCCUAGGCUUUACCAGACACAGAGAAGGUCAGGGCUCCCGGACUAGACAAUCUUCGGUGUCCCCUCCAUCCUGAAGACUUGCUUCUCUCCUUGGGAGCCGGCGAAAGGUCCUGAGUCUGGCCCGGGAGACUGGCAGAGGGGGAGAGUGGGCCACUAAUCCAGGCAAUGAGGAGAGGACCUCAGAGCCCUCGCAUCAACAAGAGACUCGUCCCCAAGGGGCAGAGUCGCCCGCAGGAGAAUUUAUGCUUGUUCUUUUCCUCUCACCCGCCCUGCUUGUCAUCAUCCUCUUUGAAGGCACGAGGGCAGUCAAGGGGAGCCCAGAAAGUCAUCAAAAGACUAUUGUCCUUGGCCCCGUGCCCAGGGAGGCCAUGGGCAAUUUCCCCUUCUAACGGCAGCCAAGUACCGUUUCUGACCCCUUUCUCCCUUGGGUUUUCCUGGGAGCAUCAUGGAAAGAAGCAGCCCUCGUCCACUCUGGCCCUCUGUAUCCCUCUCUGUAAAAUGAGAAAUAAGGAGGCUGCAUGGAUGUGUGUGUGUGUCUCUAAGGUCCCUGCUAGCGAGGGCGGGGCCCUGAUCACAGCUUUCCAGCUAGAAGCAGCCUCCAGGUCCUUAGUAAACCCAGGCGUCCCAACGCCCAGACAUGGACUGCACUCUUUAAGCCGCCUGCUCCCAGCUCCCAGGCACCCGUGCAUGCACACCUUGGCCAGAGUCCCUGGCCUGGGGCACCAGCUGACUUCAGCAGCCCAUCAUGUGACAGGCAGGCCACAACAAGCUGGACCCUAGGAGGGGCCCAUUCCUGCCAGGGCUCCUCCCUCUCCUCUGGCUCCCCUGGGUCCCGCAGCGGCUUUCUCUAAGCACUUCCCAGGCAGGAAAGCCUGGCUCCCCAGCCCUCCUCCUCUGGCACAGCUAGGCACGACGCUGGGCAAAGUCUCUGGUUCUCAGGACACUCUGCUGCCAGCAAGCUGCCCACCCAGCCGGGGGCUCCAGGAAGCCGAGGGGAAAAACAGCCCUGACCCAUGCAAGGAGGUUAAUCAGUGACAAAGGAAAGAACUCGCCUGGGCUGGGCCAGCUGAAGCCUUCUACAGACAGCUCCUGGAUGGCCAGCCCUUAGGAGGCUGCUGGGGGCGAUGGAAUCAUCCGUGAAGCUGCUGCUCCUCCUGUCCUGCCUGGGAGCUUCUGCCCAGUUCUGCGAAAUCCCCCCUGCAAAUAGUAACCUGGUGGUGAGAGUCACCCAGCAGCUUCUGGGAUGGAUGGACCGGCAAUCCCCUUUGGAGCUGAACCCUAGCAUCUAUGUGGGACUCCGUCUCUCCAAACAGCCAAGCCAGGACCAAGAUGACUUCUAUCUAAACAGCCUCAUGAUCCAUUACCAGCAGAGUUUCUCCAGCCUGGCCCUGGAGCACCAACCCAAGCCCUCCAUGGGCCAGCUGGCCCUGUACCUGCUGGCUGUGAGGGGUGGCUGUAGGGAUAUUGACACCAGGAAAGGAAGCAUGCUGGUCACCCAACUGAAGUAUUACCUAGAGGAAGAAAAGCAUCGGAUAGGGCAUAAUCACGAGGGCUACCCUCUCACCAGCUAUUACCAGUACAGCCUGUCCAUCCUGGCACUGUGCAUCCAUAACAAGAAGGUGCCUGGGCACGUGGUGGAGAAGCUCCUGCACGCGGCGGAACAUAACCUCUUCCUCCAUGGGAGCCAGUUCUCCGUGGACACAGCAGCAAUGGCAAGUUUGACCUUCUCAUGCCUGAAAGACUCUGGCCUCAACCCAGGCCUGGCCUCUCGGAUCUCCAGGGCCUCAAAGCACCUGAGGAACAAAAUUCUAGAAGAAGAAACCCCAGAAGGUUACUUUGGAAACAUAUACAGCAGCCCUUUGGCCCUACAGGCCCUGAUGGCAGCCCCUUUGCCUGAGUCAGAGCAAGCCUGCCUCCGGGUUGGGGGUGCUCUUCUGAAGGGCCUGCAGGCAGGGGCCUUCCAGAACCCCAUCCCUCUGUCCCAGCUGCUGCCAGUCCUGCACCACAAGACCUACCUCGACCUCAUACAGCUGGACUGCAAUGAUAAAAGAGUGCUAGAUCCCCUGGAAGAGGAUGCCACCACCCCACAGACUCAGGAGCUCCGGAACAUCAGGGUCUCCCUGAGAGUCCAAGGGGAGUUCGAGACCAUGUUCCUUCAUGAUGAGCAAUACUUUGUCCCUGAGGGGUCCACGCUAGAGGAAGUCCUGAUCAAGGCCCAGGAGGAGGGCCGUUUCAUGUUUGGAACUCAGACCACUUUGUCUGGUCCCUUUUUAACAUCGGUGAUGGGCAUAAGCCCCAGAGAACGUCAGUACUGGCAACUCCUCCGUGCCCCAGACACUCCCCUGCAGCAAGGUAUUGCAAACUACAAGCCCCAGGAUGGAGAGACUAUCCUUCUGAGGCUGGCCAGCUGGUAGAGGGCUGCUCCCUCCUCCCAAGGCUCUGGGCAUCCUGCCCUUUGGGCAGGAGAGGGCAGGAAGUAGUCCAGACCCCCAUUUGAAUCCUCCCACACCAGCUAAGGACAGGUGAUGUCAAACCCUGCCCACAGAAGGCCUCCCCUCUGCAAAGGAAAUAGGAAUUCCCCACUAGCCUCUUCCCCUAGCCAUCCCUCUAUCCCCUCCACCCUUCCAGAUCCAGAGACAUCUACCCACCUAUGAUCCCACGUGGGACCUCAGCGUGCCCUGCACAGCUAUCGUCCCUGGGACCCUGCCCUGCCCACCCCAUGGCACUCUCAGGUUCACCAGGAGGGAUCUGUGGGAGCCACCCUGGGGAUCCAGUCCAGCCCCUCAUUGACUGAGGAGGCCACUGAGACCAAGAAGGAAGGGUCCCAUGAGGCGGGGCAGGAAGGUGGGGUCUGAGUGUUGGGCUAGUUCUAGGCUGCACAUCCUAUGGAUCCACCCUCAUCCCUGGGUUAAGAAGUUUCAUCCUCUUAUUAGACUCCUGGCUCAUCCCUUGCACUGAACGGAGACUGCAUCUACUCAGGUUGACCUUGCUUGCAGCCCCAGGCCCCAUCCCUUUGGUUCUAUCCAGAAUGAUUAAAUCUCGGCUGUCUAA